UCUGCUCUCAUCGGUGGCUUGUGAGGGUGGCAUGGUUUGGAGCACACAGUGAGCCAGUUUUAAACUGGGUGUUCCAGAGCCUUCCCUGGGGUGAGAAGAAACAUGGGGACCAGUCCAGACAUGACAGGAAGAAAUGAAGACCUCUGUCUAGGGAAGGACACAUAGAAACAGGGCUCAGGGGUGAGCAUCAGAGUUGAAGAAACUUGGUCCUGCCACUGCCAGGCUGUGUGUCCGUGAGUGAGUGGCUUUGCUCCCUUUUUGGGCCUCCUUGCUUCCCCAUAAGAUAAUGUCAUCUUGAUGGUAAUGUGAUGUCAGUAGAGACUACUUAUGCAAACAUGGAUGUGCCCUUGGAAGUUCCCCAAGUCCCAUUUCUGAUAGGGCUUGGGGAACACAGGCCUCCCUGUUAUUAGCAAACUUUCAGCCCUGCCCACUGCCACCCCCAGCAGACAUAACUUAAAGCCAGCCCCAGCCCCAGCUCCAGCUCCAGCUCCAGCCUCAGCCUCAGCCCCAGCCCCGGCCCCAGCUCCAGCCUCAGCCUCAGCCUCAGCCACACGACAGCAUGAGGCCAGACAGCAUCUUGGUCCUCGCAGCUCUCCUCCUUUCCUCCGCUCUGGUAGCUGGAGAUGAAGUCAACGGUGACAAAGAAGGAGUUUGCCCAAUGGACGCUGGACGCUGCAUCAGGAGACAUCCACCCCAGUGUCAGAGAGACGGGCACUGUGCAGGCCAGGAGAAGUGCUGUUACCGGCACUGUGGCUACAAAUGUGUGCAGCCUGUGGAGCCAGAAGAGUUCUCUGGAGACCUAAGGGUGUGAAACCUCCUGAGCCCUGAGGGUGUGAAGCCUCCUAAAGAAAGGACCUCAGAGAACUGCCUUGCCCUUCCACCAUAUAAGGACACAGCAAGAAGUACGAAGACCAGAAACCAGGCCUUUCCAGACCCUGAAUCUCCUGGCUCCCUGACCUUGGCUUCCCAGCCUCCAGAACUCUGAAAAAUAAAUGCCAUUUAUAAGCCA